AUGUCCCGGUCCGCCGCGGAUGCAACGAGGUUCACGGCCACUGGGCCGUAUGCCAGCUCCAAAUCCCGUACAACCCCGUAUAAAUUACCGGGCUUUAUGUCCAACUCGGCGACGAGCUCCCAAUCACAGGGACCGGCGAGGAGAUCGGAAACUCCGAAGGAAAAGGUCGAGAGACUGCGAGCACAGGUCCGGGCGGCUCGUUUGGCCCAGUCAACCUCUCGUGUGGAUCGCAUGGUCGAUGUUGGACGACGAUUCGCCAACAAAGCGCACAAGGCCAUGGUUUACUCACUAAUUGCCGCAUCGGGGGUCUGCGGAGCGCUUACUGUUUACUCUAUGGUCUCCCUAACAUUAUACAAUCGUCGACAGAGGGCUUUGUGGUUAGAGAAGGAACUUCAAACGCUACAGGACGCGAAGAUGGCAUAUGUCAGUGGAUCGGCAACGGCGGAACAAUUGGAACUCUUGAAGAACGAACAAAUCGGAGAAAUUAUGAAGCAGAAGAAGGAAGAGGAGAAGGCACAACGUCCAUGGAACAAGAUGAAGCAACUCCUCUUUGGCCAACUCAUCUUUCGCGGAUUGAAGUCGGAAGAAUCCCCCUCCGAAACUACCUCGAAGUCCGACGGUGAGCCGGACAGCAAGAAGCCUGGAGUUUUAGAAGCUCUCAACGCAAAGGCAUUGGAAGAUGCAAAGUCGAAUCCAUCCUCGGCGCCAGGACAGCUAGAUACCCUCGCUGAGAAUGCGGAAAAUGCCGCUAAGCAGACAACACGAAGCUGGAAGGGUUGGUUCACGGGGAGAUAG